CCGAACCCUCUGUGGAAGUAUGAGCUCCUCGAACCCCGACCAGCGCCUGGAGCACCUGCUGAGCGCCGUGGAGAGCGAGUUCCAGAAGGGCAGCGAGAAGGGAGACGUGUCGGAGAGGGAUAUUAAAGUGACGCUGGAGGACGCGGAGCUGUGGAACAAGUUCAAAGAGCUGACCAACGAGAUGAUCGUCACCAAGACGGGGAGGAGGAUGUUCCCCGUCCUCCGGGCCAGCGUCUCCGGCCUCGACCCCAACGCCAUGUACUCCGUGCUGCUGGACUUCGUGGCGGCGGACAACAACCGCUGGAAGUACGUGAACGGGGAGUGGGUCCCGGGGGGCAAGCCGGAGCCCCAGAGCCCCAGCUGCGUCUACAUCCACCCGGACUCCCCCAACUUCGGCGCGCACUGGAUGAAGGCGCCGGUGUCCUUCAGCAAGGUCAAGCUGUCCAACAAGCUGAACGGCGGCGGCCAGAUCAUGCUGAACUCUCUGCACAAGUACGAGCCCAGGAUCCACAUCGUGAAGGUGGGAGGAAUCCAGAAGAUGAUCAGCAGCCAGUCCUUCCCCGAGACCCAGUUCAUCGCCGUGACGGCCUACCAGAACGAGGAGAUCACCGCCCUCAAGAUCAAGCACAACCCCUUCGCCAAAGCCUUCCUGGACGCCAAGGAGAGGAGUGACCACAAGGACGUCCCGGACCACGGCGCCGACGGCCAGCAGUCCGGCUACUCCCAGCUGGGCGGCUGGUUCCUGCCCGGCCAGAGCCCCAUCUGCCCCAGCAGCAGCCCCCCCCAGUUCAGCGGCUCGGCCGGCCACUCGUCCGGCUCCUACUGCGAGCGCUACUCCAGCCUGAGGAGCCACCGGGGGGCGCCGUACCCCAGCCACUACCCGCACCGGCCCUCCAGCACCAACUCCUACAUGGACAACUCGUCCGGCGGCCUGCCGGCCCACGACUCCUGGUCCCUGCAGAUCCCCAACUCCUCGGGGAUGGGGACGCUGUCCCACAGCAGCAACGCCUCGUCCAACUCCAGCCAGUACCCCAGCCUGUGGUCGGUUGCCGGCACCACGCUCGCCCCGUCCGGCUCGGCCUCCGGCUCCAUCCCCGGCGGCCUGACCUCCCAGUUCCUGCGGGGCUCGUCCUACACGGGCCUGACGUCCUCGCUGCCCGUGUCCUCGCCGUCCUCCAUGUACGACCCGGGCCUGGGCGACGUCGCCGUGGGCGACGGCCAGUUCGAGAGCUCCAUCGCCCGGCUGACGGCCACCUGGGCGCCGGUGGCCCAGAGCUACUGAGGCGGGUUCUGGAGACUCCUGCCGGACCGGUCCAGACCAAGACCUGCACGGACCGGUCCGGGUCCGAGCCCAACGCGGUCCGCCUCCGUUUCACGGGAGAACCGGGUCUCGAGGUGCGUUCACGCAGAAGAGGAUCCGUUCAGUUUCUUCUGGGAAACUUUCACCGUCGGACUGCUGAGGCGUGAAAACGGCGCCGACCCGGUGGGACCGGAGGCAGACCCAGAUCUCCGGGGCUCUAACUUUAAGUGUGAAACCCGACAGGAAACCCGGGUCUCGGGCGGGGCGUUCGGCACCAGACGGACCAGCGGACUCAGGAGAACCAGGGUCUCGUUCCGUCCUUCUGUUGAAUCCUUGGAGUUCUGGCUCCAAGCGGGCCGAGACCAGCGGUCCACUGACCUCGCCAGAGUCAGCGCCUGAACGCACCUCCAGAUUCUCUGACUCUGAACCAGCCAGGCGGUUCCGGUUCUUGUGGAUCAACCUGCAUCUCUCUCUGUCUUCAGUUAUCGACUCCAAAAGUCGAAAAGAGCUUUUUCAUUCCCUGUUAGUGUUAAACGGCUUUUUUACCGAGAUGUUCAGAAACCUUCAGCUUCUCUCUUCUCCAGUCCGGACUGAACCGUCUGCUUGUCUCAGCUUUACCCGUAAACCGGAGGUCCGUCUGCAUACGUGUAUAUAAACUACAGAGUGUCCCGGGUCUUUAGAAACGUUUCUCUCUGCAGUAGAGUCCUGAGUGAAGUGCCUUCAGCGGCGGACGCCCGUCCGGCCAGCGCCUGUACAGAAACUUAUCUAUUUGUAUUUGAACCUGCUGUACGUUUUAUUUAUGUCAUUUAAUAAUAAAUUAAAAGUAUUUGUUUUUCUUGUAUAUUUGUGUGUGUUUCAUUGCGAUGCUGCGUGGAAAUAAACGUGCACAGCAUUGAAUAAACCUUUUUCCUGUGGUGAAGUCCUGGACCGUGAAAUCCGGGUCCAAACGCACAUGUGGUCGGAUCAUCUGAUUACAGAAACAUUACAAUAAAAACAAGUCCUUUAAGACCCUCCAAUAACCCUCUCGAGACCUAUAAAGGGUUAAAAACACUCAUGUAGUUUUUAAUAUUUAGGGAGGGAAACAAAAACGUCUCCUUGGUACAGAAGCUGCCACCUCAGUGGAAGAAAAAUAGAGUCAUUAUAACAAUAUAACAUGAACAUUAAUGGAUAAACAAUAUCUUUUUCCACUUUGAAUAAUUUAUGACCACAAUAUAAAUAUUAUAUUGUAAGAACAUAACAUGAU